AUAUAUACGACGGUGAUGUGGUCGAUCGAGGCAGUGAUCGCUAGGCACGAAGCCGGUCUUGGCAUAACCGCAAGCGAGCGCGUCGUCAUGGAGGAGAGCACCGAGGCCUCGGCGACGGCGAGGGGCGUGGCGCCUGGAGCCGGAGGUGCGGAGGCCGCCCGGGCGGCGGGCACGAUGAAGGUGGUGGUGGCGGUGGACGCGAGCGAGGAGAGCCUGCACGCGCUGUCGUGGGCGCUCGACAACGUCGUCCGGCACCACCCCGGCGCGUCCGUCGUCGUCCUCCACGCCCAGCACCGCGUCGACCACUUCGUCGCCCACGCAGGCCUGGCCUACGCCCCGCCGACGGCGUUGGACUCCAUGAGGAGGGCGCAGGAGGAGAACUCCCGGAGGGUGGUGGCCCGCGCGCUGGACGUGUGCAGGCAGAAGCAGGCGAGCGCCACGGCGGCGGUGGUGGAGGGGGACCCCAAGGAGGCCAUCUACCAGGCCGUGGAGGAGAUGCGCGCCGACCUGCUCGUCCUCGGCAGCCGCGGCCUGGGCAUGAUCAAGAGGGCGUUGCUGGGCAGCGUGAGCGACUACCUCGCCCAUCACGCCUGCUGCCCCGUCCUCAUCGUCAAGCCACCCAACAAGGCGCACCACAAGUGAAAGAAGCUCUACACAGGCUACGUUUUUGGGCGUCUGCCAACUAGUAGUACCAGCAGCACCGGCUUGUUAGCGACUAGUGCUUCCAAUAAAGAUGCAGCGAUGGAGCUCCCGUGUAGUAUGUUCGGUAGGCAAGCAUCUCCAUCAUGUGUAGCAUGUUCAGAAGUUCAAUCUCAAUCAUCAAGUUCUCCCA